AUGCACUUCCCAACGCUCCUCGCCCUCCUCCCCCUGACGGCCCUCGCGGCCCCGUCCGCCCGCCGCGCCCAGCCCGCGCCCCUCAUCAAGCCCCGAGGCAUGAACGUCAAGCUCGUUGCCGACAAGUACAUCGUCCGCCUCAAGCCCGAGGCCGAGGCCGGUGCAAUGGCGACCGCCAUGUCGGCCUUCGCCGCCGAGGCCGACCAUGUGUACAACUUCGCCAACAACCUCCGCGGAUUCGCGUCGACCCUGAACGCCUCUGAGAUUGAGACUCUGCAGAACGACCCCAGCAUCGACUUCAUCGAGCAGGAUGCCAUCAUGUCGAUCAGCGCCACCCAGCCCAACGCUCCGUGGGGAAUUGCCAGACUCUCGAGCUCUUCGCCUGGAGGAACGACGUACAGCUACGACGACAGCGCUGGUGAGGGUACUUGCGCUUACAUUAUUGACACCGGCAUCGAUGUCGAGCACCCCGAGUUUGAGGGCCGCGCCACCUUCCUCGCAAACUACGCCGACAACGACGACUCCGACGGCCAGGGUCACGGCACCCACGUCGCCGGCACCAUCGGCUCCCGCACCUACGGCGUCGCCAAGAAGACCAAGCUCUUCGCCGUCAAGGUCCUCGACCAGAACGGCGAGGGCACCAACUCCGCCGUCAUCGCCGGCAUGGACUUCGUUGCCGCCGACGCUGCGGGCCAGCAGGGCUGCGAGAAGGGCGUCGUCGUAAACAUGUCCCUCGGCGGCCAGUCCUCCAACGCCGUCAACCAGGCCGCCGCCGCCAUCGUCAAGGCCGGCCACUUCCUCGCCGCCGCCGCCGGCAACGAGGCCGCCGACGCGAGCACCUCAUCCCCCGGCUCCGAGGAGAGCGUCUGCACCGUCGGCGCGACCACCGAGACCGACACCCUCGCCGAGUACUCCAACUUUGGCGCCUCCGUCGACAUCCUCGCGCCCGGCACCGACAUCCUGAGCACCUGGCCCAACGGCCGCACCAGGACCAUCUCCGGUACCUCCAUGGCCUCCCCCCACAUUGCUGGCUUGGCCGCGUACUUCCUCGGCCUCGGCUCCGCGCCCACGAGCCCCGUCGAGCUGUGCAGCUACAUUGCCGAGACCGCGCUGGACGGCGCUGUUGGACAGGUCCCCCGCACGACUGUGAACAAGCUCGCGAACAACGGGUUUGCCAGCAACGGCACAGCCAAGGCUGUGAACGGCAGCAGGGUGAUUGCGAGGCAGGUGAACAAGAAGUUCAACAUCCGCCACGCGCUCUCCAAGACUACCCUUCUGUAG